AAACUGUGUCACUCCGCUCUGGUUUCCAUGCGCAAAAGACGCUCUGAGGCGCAAUGUUUGGCAGAUAACUGGAGGAGAGACCUCGGAUUUAAAGAAGAGGUGACAGCUGCGCAGUCAUGCCUGAGCUCAGAGCGGCCGCGGUGCUGCAGGUCGCGCUGCUGCUCUCUGCUGUGCCCGCGCAGUACUUCAUCUCCCGGUGGAGCGGCUCCACGGCGGUGCAGCGCUUCCACGCGACCACCCGAUUGCUUCGUAUUUGGAAAGACUGGAGAGGAUCGUACCUGAACGGCACUGCAUGGAUGGACUGGACAAACCAGCAGGUGUCCAAAGUCAUGUCACUGUUUGGCUUCGGACUCGAAGACCAAAUGCCACAAGGGCCUCCCUUAGAGUUCAUGAUGUACGACAACGACCAGGGCUUCUUUGGAGCCUCCAAGACGGUCCGCAGCCCUCGACCGCCGUACGUUUUUCUACGGGUCGGUGAAGUGGUGCUGGCGAGGAAUCGCCAAAUGGUUGGAGUGGUGGUGAGCUGGGACCCUGAGAUGCGAGCGCCUCCAGAAUGGGUGGACAGAGUGUAUUCAGACUUUGAGGGCACCAAAGCAGAGAAAACGCCUCAUUACAAGGUGCUGUUCAGCGGUCCCGGACCCUCGUCUCUGCUAGUCGCAUAUUUACCACAAACACAACUGGAGCGCAUCACUGGGAUGAGGCCGGACAUUCCCACCCUGGAGAAUUACUUCACACACUUCGACGGCGAACGCUUCGUCAUGCAGCCGUGGCUCAGAGAGCUCUUCCCAGAGGACGAGGACGAGGACGCUUGACUGCUCCAAAGACUGAUCCCAGACACAGUUUUAUUUCCGUACUCAUGUGGUGUUCUUCAUCCUGGUGUCAGCUUUUUCUUUUUUUUGUUUUUUUGUGCAACCUACUGGAAUCUAGUGGAUGCAAAAGGUUUUCCUCAGGAACAGUUUGGUAGCUUUAAGUGCCAAAAUUUGUGCAGAUCAAGGAAAAUGAUCCAGUUUCUCUUUGCUGGAACUCAGUGUGACGGUUUCUUUUGGGGAUUUGGAGAAUGAAGAUAACAAUGAAGCUCAUUUGAGAUGCACAAAUUUACAGUAUUUUAAUAAAUAAAGGCUCAAAAAUAUUUAUAUAUAAAAAACUUUAAUUUAAAUCUGUUUUUAUGAUUUUAAAAGACAAACUUGAAUGAGUGGGAAUGUACUUAAAUAAUGACAGGAAAUGCUUAAAACGGACUUUGUGUGUUGGAUGAAAAUAGCACCUUAUAUUUAAGCAUUACCAAUAUGCAAUAAAGUGUUUGAAACAAUCCA